AUGGAUGGCAGUGAUGAUGACGAUGUCCCGGAACUCUCUGCGCACACUUUAGCAGCUUUGCAGGAGUUUUAUGCUGAGCAGGAGCAGCAAGAAUCUUUGAAGUCUGGACCUGACUAUGACCAGUUCUCAGUUGGGGCAGUUGAAGAAGACUGGCAGUUAAGUCAGUUUUGGUAUGACAAUGAAACUGCACUGUGUCUUGCCAAAGAAGCAUUGGAAGCCUCUGGUGAAAAUAGAAGGAUCGCCUGUAUCAGUGCUCCCAGCAUUUACCAGAAACUUAAAGGACUGGCUGGAGAUGACGUAUCCAUCUGUUUGCUGGAAUAUGAUAAAAGGUUCUCAGUCUAUGGUGAUGAUUUCAUCUUGUAUGACUACAAUAAUCCAUUGGACCUACCAGACAAGCUGCAGCCACAUAGCUGUGAUAUAGUAUUAGCAGAUCCACCAUACCUCUCUGAAGAGUGCUUAACUAAGACUGCUGAGACUAUCCAGUACCUGACUAAGGAGAAGAUCUUACUGUGCACAGGUGCUGUCAUGGAGGAUUUAGUGACAAAAAUACUUGGCUUGAAGGUGUGUAAAUUUAUCCCCAGACACACACGGUCACUAGCCAAUGAGUUCAGAUGUUAUUCCAACUAUGAGACAGGACUGGACUCCUAG